GCUACUGUCUGCGGUUUGACUGCAGGGUUUUAUGGCGUCGUCAAAUCGCAACCACCAGGACCUCUAUUAUUAUUUUCAGCUUUGAAUAGUGGCAUCGCGUCUGCAACAUUCUUCAGCAUACGAGAGUACCUAGUUGGUCCUGUACUCGUUUUGUCAAUGCCAGGAAAACAGUACGAACUGCGCAGACAGAGACUCAAGGACAUUGUAGAUGGGGCUCCUGCUGAUGUAUUUCGGUUAACGUGGGGUGACAUUCGCUCUCGUAAAGUACUUGACUCUAGCAUUAGCGGAGCCUUGGCUGGUGGCAUCCUCAACACCUGGAAACGUGGAAGAUCGGGAACUGUUCCUGGACUAGCGACGGGCGCGGUGAUGUGCGGGCUCUUCCAAUGGGCAUUCAAUGAGUUCGACAUUCUACGGAUAACUCACUUAUCCCGAGUGGCGCAUACACAGCCUGUACCUUCCAUACCUGCAGCACCUGUUCCAACAUACUCCUUACCCGUCGCCACCCCGGAACCACCCAGAUCACUCACAGAUCGAAUAUUCGCUAUGUUUGGUCGUAAAAUAUCCGACGAGGAGUAUCUCAAUAGGGUAAAAGCUCAAAGGGACAAUCAUCUCCGUAGGAUUGAGCAGCUUGAACGCGAACGUGACGAAAAGCGCGAGACUUGAUGUUUCAUCGUCGCUCUACGGUACUUGUACUGUUAUAUCAUUUUAUAUUGACUCUGAACCCUUUGUCCCAUACCUCUAUUGCACAUCACCUCUCACUCGUAAUCAAGCCCUAUUUCCAACGACAUUGGAUGUCAAAAUUGUGUAGAUUGUGUUAAGUUCGCACAACAGUCACGCAUGCAGAACGUU